UCAUUGCUGACGAGACCGUAUCGAUGUUGCACGCCUGCAACUGCAGCAUUUAAAGGAGCAUCUUCUCAGAAUGAACAGUCUGUGUCCUGUGGUCGUGCAUGCUCUCUUCAUCUCAUACAUUCUGGUGAUACAGACAAAAGGAUAUAGUCAAUCAUACGAAACUGGUGGAGUGUGUUACUGGUUCUCUGACAGAACGGAAACCCUACAAGCUGCCAAUCAGACAUGCGCAGAAAUGACAGGACAUCUGGCACAGUUGCACUCACGAGAAAUAUUCGAUUCUGUCAUUCGGAAUAUGAAAGGACAUGGAAAUGCGUACUGGGUGGGAUUGCAUAAAGUCAUAUCAGAUUACUACUGGGAUAACAAAGAUUCUCCAACCUCAUCCCAGUGGAAUCCGUCGGAACCCAAUGACACAGGAGACUGUGUGAGGCUGACAUACACCACCAGUGGCCAUCGUCUUGCUGACAAUCCAUGCACACUUCUCUACAACUUUAUCUGCGAGAAACCAUUUGAACCAGCCUCAACACCCAUACAGCUGUUGGGCAUUGUCCACGCUCUGCUGCAACAGCUCGUGGUACUCGACUCCAACCAGGUCUGCGACAAGGGCUGCUACUCCCUCAAUCAUGGCAGGAGAGUUAACGGGUCCGCGCUCCGGAUGCAUAUACGGGGAGUCUGUUUCCAACAAUAA